AAUGCCACUGAAGGGGCAGUUCCUUCUUGAUGCUCACACAGGACUUGGUUUUGACCCGCAUCCUCACCAAAGCCAUUUCUCAUCAUGCCAAACCAGCAGAAGAAAAUCAUCUUUUGCAUGGCUGGUGUGUUGAGCUUCCUCUGUGCUCUUGGAGUUGUAGCAGCAGUGGGGACACCACUGUGGAUUAAAACCACCAUCCUCUGCAAAACAGGGGCUCUGCUUGUCAAUGCCUCAGGGGAGGAGCUGAGCAAGUUCAUGGGAGAGAUGCAAUAUGGGCUUUUCCACGGAGAAGGCAUAAGGCAAUGUGGGCUAGGAGCAAGGCCUUUCCGGUUCUCAUUCUUCCCAGAUUUGCUCCAAGCCAUCCCUGUAAGCAUCCAUGUCAAUACCAUCCUAUUCUCCAUGAUUCUUGUCGUCUUAACCAUGGUGGGGACAGCCUUCUUCAUGUACAAUGCUUUUGGCAAGCCCUUUGAAGCUCUACAUGGCCCACUAGGGCUAUAUCUCAUGAGCUUCAUUUCAGGCUCCUGUGGCUGUCUUGUCAUGAUAUUGUUUGCCUCUGAAGUGAAAAUUCACCACCUCUCAGAGAAAAUUGCAAAUUUUAAAGAAGGGACCUAUGCCUACAAGACGCAAAAUGAAAACUACAGCACCUCAUUCUGGGUUGUUUUCAUUUGCUUUUUUGUUCAUUUUUUGAAUGGGAUCCUGAUACGACUUGCUGGGUUUCAGUUCCCUUUUGCAAACUCUAAAGAUACAGAGACUACUAAUGUGGCUGCAGACUUAAUGUACUGAAAAGCAAAUAUCUCCGUAAUUUCUCAAUAAGGGAAUCCAUGUGCUUUGGCCACAUUUAGAUAUGGUUAAUUUCAUCAGUAUGUUUAGACUUCUUAAGC